AUGGUAUUUCCUACCAAUAAUAAAAGAAUAUCUCUGUCUAGUAAUGAUAAAAUAUCUUUGCCUAGUAAUAACAAAAUGCUACCUAAUAAUAAUGUAGCUGUUACACCUAAUAAUAAUGAAACUAUAUUGCCUAGCAACGACGAAACCAUACUAUCUAGUAAUAAAAAUGAAAUUCAGUAUGCUGGUAUUUCAUCUAUAUCACAUGUUGAAAGUGAGAAUGCUGUAAUAAAAAAUAUUCUUCAAGGCUAUCCUAGCCUUUGUAAACUUGCUGCUAUUUUGGUCCUUCGGUUAA